CCACGUAAUGUCAGUUUUAGAAAUGGAUGUUGAAGAUGCUUACAGCCAAAUGCGACGCCUCUUGGACUCCCAUAGGCUCAAUUGGCAGUCCAAGAAGCGUCGCAAUCGACGUCGUAAGCUGCUGAGACGUCAGCGGUAUUUGCGCCAAGCUCGGCGAUUUGCUGGCGGCCAAGAAAAGUGGAGACGUGCUCCUGGCAAGAGUAAUGCCGUUCGUCGAACCUUCUGGCAUGCCGCCUGUUGUGUGAUGCCUUUCCAGCGAUUUUUCCGCAUAUUCAAGCGCCACAAACUGAGUCGCACCCAAGCCCUGCCACUCGAGAUGGUGCGGCAGCCGACCACGGCCAACGCCGAAGAGCCCCUUCAGAUGCCCGACGAUGAGUGGGAGCGAAGGCGCUCACAUCUGCAGGAGCGUCCGCUGCUCGAGAAUGUGCGGCACAUAAUUCGGAUGCAUUGGACUGGAUUUGUGGAACGUAUAUCGCCGACCUUCUCCUCCGUGGGCAACAACACGCAGCGCGCCGUCGAGGAGUCCACACAGCGGUCGAGGAUUUCCCAAAAAACCGAUGAGGCCCUUGUUACUAUCAGUCCGAAUUAUGUAGAAACUACGCCCACGUUAUAA